CAUCUCGAAUUUGGUCCGUCUCUACCCUCUCCGAAGUGACCUGUUUCACCUCCUCUUCGCCACCAAAAGUUUUGGGCUUUGUAUUUAUGUUUUCUAAUCUCUCUUCAUUUCUCAAAGCUCAGUUCCAUUUGACUCUGUAUUGAGCUUGUUCUUGUCUUUGUUUCAUUAUUUUGUACGAUAUGAACCCCCUCUUUCGAAUUCGCAUUCACUUCUCUACCAAUUCCAUUAACCACCUCUUUAAUUCCAACCCAUCAUAUCCACAUUUCAUUUGUUUCAGAAGAUUUUCAAUUCAUUCAUUGUCGUUGAACAAUACCCAUCAUUGUAACCUCACCCAUUUUCUCCGUGUGUCUCAAAUCCAAACCUACCCAGCUCCCAACCUCUCUUUUACGAAAUUUUGUUUGAAUUUCUACUCAAAAACGGCACCUUCAAGAUCUUUCCGGAGGCGAGCGAAUAAGAGGUUGAAAGCCAGCCUCAAACCUACACUGGACGAAGCCCAAUUUCAGUUAGCAGUUUCGAAAAUCCCUCCAAGGUUUACCCCCGAAGAACUCCGUAAUGUAAUCUCUCUCCAAAAAGAUCCUUUGGUUUGUUUUGAGUUGUUCAAUUGGGCUUCACAGCAGCCUCGUUUCAAACAUGAUGUUUCCUCUUAUGAGAUUACCAUUAAGAAGCUGGGUGAGGCGAAAAUGUAUGAAGAAAUGGAUCAUGUUGUGAAUCAGGCGCUUGCUGUUUCUUCUAUUGGUUCCGAGACUCUUUACAAUACUAUGAUAUAUUUUUUCACUGAGGCAAGGAAGUUGACUAGAGCUAUCAAUAUAUUUAAGCAUAUGCAGAACAAUAGAAACUUGAAUUGUAGGCCUUCAAUUAGAACAUAUAAUCUACUUUUUACUGCAUUCUUGAGUCGAGGUCGUAAUACUUAUAUAAAUCAUGUGUAUAUGGAGACUAUUAGAUGUCUCUUUAGACAGAUGGUGAAUGAUGAUGGGAUUGAACCUGAUAUAUUUGCUUUGAAUUGUAUGAUAAAGGGCUAUGUGCUUUCCCUGCAUGUUAAUGAUGCGCUUAGGAUCUUUCACCAAAUGGGUGUUGUGUAUAGCUGCUUACCAAAUUCAUAUUCCUAUGACUAUUUGAUUCAUGGGUUAAGCGCCCAAGCUCGAACGGAUAAUGCAAGGGAAUUGUGUAAUGAAAUGAAGGAAAAGGGGUUUGUGCCUAGUAGUAUAUCGUAUAAUUCAAUUGUGAAUGCUAUGGCUCUCAAUGGAGAGGUUGAAGAUGCAGUGAAUUAUUUGUGGGAGAUGAUUGAUCAUAGAAGAUCUCCCGAUUUUAUUACGUAUAAGACAGUAUUGGACGAACUGUGUAGACUAGGGAGGGUAGUUGAAGCCACGAGUUUGUUGAGGGAAUUGCAAGAGAAGGAUCUUGUGGAUGGUCAUACUUAUAGGAAACUUCUCUAUGUGCUUGAAGAUGAUUAUGGAAAUCUGAAUUGAUGGCCGACCACAAUUGAGCUCACGGACCAAUGUGGUCUUAGAAGGCAGGACUUACACGUGAAAUUUGAUGUCAGAACCACAAAGCGCCUUAGUCAGACCGUGCAGAUAGAAAACCAAUCUGUGUGAUUUCUGUUUUGCCAAUUGUUCUUGUGUUUCAAUUGAAGGUUUAAGACUUACAGGUGCCAUUUACUAAAAGUCUAAAAGGUUAAGAACUGAUAUUUAUCAAGAUGCUCAGCUUCAUAUAGUUCUAAAUUAUGAAGACUACUGUUGCGUACAUUUUGUGGUCACACAUGGCUUAUAAAUGCUACAAUUAUUACUCAAUCAAUGAGUAGGUGUGUUCUUAUAUGAUAGAGACCUCUUUGUGGGAGUUGAAUGACAAGAUAUCUUCUCCAAAAGAAGCUUGUGAUGCCUUAUGCCUUUGUCUCUUCAAGUUCAAGGUACUUUUGUAAGUUUAGUUCAUUUAACAUUGAUUUUUUUUCACUUCAAGAACCAAUCAAGAAAGUCAUCCAAGUAUAGGUUGUGUUAAAGAUUACUCUAUGCACAGUGUGCACUGACAUAUGGUUGUAGUAUUUUCCAUAAUAACACAAUAGGUUCAAUCGUAUAAUGUCAAGAUUAAAUUGCAAAUUUGGCUACCGUUUGGAGAAGGUUAGAAUUUAGUCUCUAUUGUUUAUAAUUAGAAUUCCUAGGAUUUUAUCAAACCAUAUAUCGUUUAUGAGGUUUUAUCAAACCAUAAGGACUAAAUUCUAGCUUUUAAAACCAUAGCCACUCAAUUCCAAUCUUCUUCAAUCCAUGUGGACAGAGUUGCAAUUUAACCUAGCAUUUACUAGUCCUGAUCAUCCUCCUGAAGGGCUGUGAAGUGUAAAGUAUAUAUCCUCGUCUGCCAAUGUAGGAAAAGUACAGAAACAAGAAAGUAUUUAUUAAAACUAUAUAAUAUCACAGGUGGAAUUUCAUUUGUGGACGAUAAGUUAUGUAUUUACGAUUCAUUGGAUAAAGAAAUUUUGUAUCACAUAAUCUUUA